UGAAUUUAUGGCAGAAGAAAGUAAUGAAAAGUUUUGGCAGUUUGUGGAAACAGUAAGAGAAUUAGCAGUUUAUAAGCAAACAGCAUCUGAUUAUUCUUACUACAACCUAAUCCUGAAGAAAGCUGGGCAGUUUUUAGACAAUAUACACAUCAAUCUCUUAAAGUUUGCUUUCUCUAUACGGGCCCACUCUCCAACUAUUCAGAUGUUUCAACAGGUUGCUGCUGCUGAACCACCACCAGACAGAUGCAAUGCCUUCGUGGUUAUACACCGGGAGCGCACCUGUAAAACCAAUGAGAUUAAAAAGCUGCUGAAUAAGGCUGCUUCAAGGCCCAGGCCUUACCUAUUUGAAAAAGAUCAUAAGUUUCCCACAGUCAAUGAGAACUUACCAGUGGUUAUUCUCUAUGCAGAAAUUGGUACAAGAGAAUUUGCUGAAUUUCACAGAGUAUUGUCUAAGAAGUCUAAAAAUGGUAAAAUUGCCUAUGUUCUCCGCCACUAUAUCAAGAAGCCAAGCUCAAGAAAAAUGUUGUUAUCUGGCUAUGGAGUGGAGCUAGCGAUUAAAGAUACAGAAUACAAAGCACUGGACGAUAUCCAAAUUAAAACUACGACAGAUGCCACUACAGAAAAGGAGACUGAAGCAGAUGAAGUCCAAGGAUUUCUCUUCGGGAAACUAAAAGAAAUAUAUUCAGAUCUUAAAGAUAAUCUUACAAUUUUCCAAAAGUACCUGAUUGAGAGCAGCAAAGAAAUGACGCCUUUGAAAGUCUGGGAGCUACAAGAUCUUAGUUUUCAAGCAGCCUCUCAAAUUGUAUCUACUCCUGUUUAUGAUGCCAUAAAAUUAAUGAAAGAUAUUUCACAGAACUUCCCCAUAAAAGCCAGAUCUCUCACAAGGAUUGCUGUAAAUGAACUAAUGAGAAAAGAAAUACAGGAAAAUCAAAAGGACCUACGAGACAGAUUUGAUAUUAAGCCAGGGGAUGCUCGUCUGUUUAUAAAUGGCCUUCUUGUUGACAUGGAUGUUUAUGAUCCUUUUAGUAUUUUAGAUAUGCUGAAAUCAGAAGGGAAACUGAUGAGUGGCCUUAAAAAUCUUGGGUUCAAUGAUGAAGAUAUGAGCAAAUUUUUGAAAUUAAAUUUACCUGUUUGGAGCUACGACUAUGUUUUAGAUAUCCGGCACCCUUCAAUAGUGUGGGUUAAUGACUUAGAAAAUGAUGGUGCGUAUGUUAAUUGGCCUAAAAGUUGCUGGGAAUUCCUGAAACCAGUGUUACAUGGAACAGUUCCAUCCAUAAGGCGUAAUUUUCAUAACCUGGUUUUGUUUAUUGAUCCUGCUCAAGAAUACACCUUGGACUUUAUAAGUUUGGCAGAAUUUUUUUAUUAUAAUGAAAUUCCUCUUAGAAUUGGAUUUGUGUUCAUUCUGAGUGUGGAUAAUGAAGUAGAUGGAGCAGCAGAUGCUGGGGCUGCUCUCUGGCGAGCUUUCAAUUACAUUGAAGAAAGCUAUGAUGUAUCAGAAGCCUUUAUUUCCAUGAUACAUAUGUACCAAAAAGUGAAGGGUGGUGUACUCACUGUGGACAAUGUGAAGAGUGUUCUUCAGAAUAAAGCCCCUCAUACUGACAUUUUGGAUAUUUUGGGAACCGGUUCCAAAUAUGACAAGAGAAGAGCGGCGGGAACAAGCUUUUAUAAGAUGACUGGCCUAGAUUCUUUGCCUCAAGCUCUUUAUAAUGGGGAACCCAUUGACCUCACAGAGAUGAGCACUGAAGAACUAAAAGGAGCUGUUCUGGAAAAAAUGCUGGAUGCAUUUACAUACCUACAGAGAGAUGUCUUUAUGGGCACAUUAAAUGAUGAAAUCAAUGCAAUUGAUUUCCUGAUGGAUAAGAAUAAUGUUGUACCCCGUUUAAAUUCCUUGAUUUUGCACACUGAACCACAGUACCUUAAUUUAAUAUCUUCAUCAGUAACUGCUGAAAUUGAAGAUUUCUCAACUUUCUCUUUCUUGGAUUCACAAGAUAAGAGCUCUGUGAUUGCACAAAGCAUGCAUUAUUUAACCGCAGAAGACGAUGUAGUAUCUGCAGUCACUGUGUGGAUUGUUGCCGAUUUUGACAUGCCAUCUGGGAGAAAACUACUUUCCAAUGCGCUAAAGCACAUGGAAACAAGUGUUCAUACUCGGCUGGGGAUCAUUUAUAAUCCCACAUUGAAGAUAUAUGAAGAGAACACAGUCAUUUCUAGAGGAAUUUUGGCAGCUUUUCUUACACAUAAAAACAGCCUUUUGAGAAGAUUUCUCAGGGAACUGGCAAAAGAAGAAACUGCUGAAGCAAUUUAUUCUGGAGAGAAAAUUAAAACAUUCCUUAAUAUGGAGAUGGAUAAGAAUGCUUUUGAGAAAAAAUAUAACACCGUUGGAGUAAAUAUUUUCCGAACCCACCAGUUAUUCUGUCAAGAUGUACUUAAAUUGCAGCCUGGCAAAGUCGGUAUUGUCAGCAAUGGGAAAUUCUUAGGACCUUUACAUGAAGAGUUCUACGUAGAAGAUUUUCACUUGAUUGAAAAGACAACAUUUAGUAACUCAGUAGAGAAAAUUAAAGACAUUGUUGAAAAUAUGGAAAUCAACUCAAAACACUUGAGUGACCUUGUGAUGAAAAUAGAUGCGCUUGUGUCUUCCCUGCCUGUGCGCAGCUCCCAGCCCAUCACACUCCUCAGAGAGGAUCACAGUGUUAUAAAGAUAAAUCCUCCAGAGAAUGAUCUGUUCUUUGAUGUCAUUGCUAUUGUGGAUCCUUUGACAAGAGAAGCUCAGAAGAUGGCACAGCUAUUGGUUGUGCUUGGCAAGAUUGUGAACACGAGGAUAAAGCUUUUCAUGAACUGCAGGAGCAAGCUUUCGGAAGCCCCUUUAGGAAGCUUUUACCGUUUUGUUCUGGAACCAGAACUGAUGUCAGGGGCUAACAGUAGUCCUUCUGAUGGACCAGUGGCAAAAUUCCUGGACAUCCCAGAAUCUCACCUUCUAACUCUCAACAUGAUUACCCCAGAAGGAUGGUUGGUUGAAACAGUACGGAGCAACUGUGACCUUGAUAAUAUUAAUUUAAAAGAUACCGGGGGGAUUGCCACAGCCGAGUAUGAGCUAGAGCAUCUGCUCCUUGAAGGACACUGCUUUGAUUUGACAACAGAACAGCCCCCUCAGGGUCUGCAGUUUACACUGGGCACAGAAAACAACCCUGCCGUAGUUGACACAAUAGUGAUGGCCAAUCUUGGGUAUUUUCAAUUAAAAGCAAACCCAGGUGCAUGGAUACUGAAAUUACGUGAAGGAAAAUCUGAAGAUAUUUAUGAUAUAGUUGGGCAUGAAGGAACAGACUCAGAAACUGACAUGGGAGAUGUCAUCGUUGUGUUGGACACUUUCAAGAGUAAGAUCCUGAAAAUUGAGGUAAAGAAAAAAUCAGGUAAAAUUAUGGAAGACAUCCUUGCAGAUAAACAUGAAGAUAAAGGCAUGUGGGAGUCAAUUAAAAGCUUCGCAAAAAGCCUGCAUAAAGAUGACAAAAAGGAAAAUGACAUCCUAAACAUUUUUUCGGUUGCUUCUGGCCAUUUGUAUGAACGUUUUCUACGGAUCAUGAUGCUUUCCGUCCUGCAGCACACGAAAACACCAGUGAAGUUCUGGUUUCUGAAGAAUUACCUUUCGCCAACAUUUAAAGAGGUGAUUCCUCACAUGGCCAAAGAGUACGGAUUCCAAUAUGAACUUGUGCAAUAUAAGUGGCCCCGUUGGCUUCACCAACAGACUGAAAAGCAGCGAAUCAUUUGGGGUUACAAGAUUCUUUUCCUCGACGUGCUUUUCCCACUAGCAGUGGACAAAAUCAUAUUUGUUGAUGCUGACCAGAUUGUGAGACAUGACCUGAAAGAACUUCGAGAUUUUGAUCUGGGCGGAGCUCCUUAUGGAUACACUCCAUUCUGUGAUAGCCGCACUGACAUGGAUGGAUAUCGUUUCUGGAAAACAGGGUACUGGGCAUCACAUCUUAUGAAAAGGAAAUACCACAUCAGUGCCUUGUAUGUGGUGGAUCUCAAGAAGUUCCGGAGAAUUUCAGCAGGUGAUAGGCUCCGGGGCCGAUACCAAGCUCUUAGCCAAGAUCCAAAUAGUCUUUCAAACCUAGAUCAGGAUCUUCCCAACAAUAUGAUUUACCAAGUUGCCAUUAAGUCUCUUCCUCAAGACUGGCUGUGGUGUGAAACCUGGUGUGAUGAUGAAUCUAAACAGAGAGCCAAAACAAUUGAUCUGUGCAAUAAUCCCAAAACAAAGGAACCCAAACUGGAAGCUGCUGCAAGGAUUGUCCCAGAGUGGGUCAAAUACGAUGCAGAGAUAAGAACAUUAUUAGAUCAUCUUGAAAAUAGGAAAAAUGCAAUUUCCACACAUGAUGAACUCUAGCGCUGGUUUCCAGAGGAUAAAUAGGAUGAAAAUCUGCCACCUGCUGGGAAUUUGUGAAACUGCUAAAACUAGUAGGACAUUUCAUUCAAAUUAUUGACAUACUUUUUAUAACCUUUAUUUAAAAUACUUGUAAAGUUUUAAAAUAAACUUAAUUUAUAUGGUUAAUAGAUUAUUCCUUUUUUUCUGGUUGCUUAUGAUGUUGUUGUUGUGGUUACCAGUUAGUUUGAUGUCAAAUGUCCUGGAAGGUCUUUGAAAGUCUUUGAAGGCCCUCACUGGUGUUUAUCAGAUCAUCAGCAUCUUUUGGUAUUCCAGCUUAAGUACAUCCAUAUUUCCUUACUCACAGAUUGCAUUUAAAAUUACAGAAAUGCAUGCUUUUUAAGAAAAAUAACCUUGGCUUUCUCUACUAAAAACAAGUUAAUUUUAUACUUUAUCAUAUUUAAAUGAAAGUCAUGUUGCACUGUAAUCAUUUAUCUUAAAUCAUAGGUUUUAAUCUUGUGCUGUGUUUACAUUGUUCUAAAUGUUUCUAUUUCAUAAAAUGGUAUGCACAUCCAUACAUGUAUGUGGUUUUCAAGACUGGAUACUUUCACAGAAAUUAAAUAAAGGAUGCAAACUGA